AACACGGAUGUGGAACAACAACUUGUUCGUUGUGGCAUGUUUCUGCAGUAAGUCCACGCAUCACGGGCAAGCAGUCCAUCGAGAUUUAGACUUGAAAUUCCUCUCACUGGCAGCCUACCUUUGAGAAGAUGCCCAAGUUCCAGGAACUGGGAGCACGUACAGCUUCCUUCUCUGCAUCAUCCUCAACCCCUGACCCCAGCAGACUGAUAGCUAAGAGAUAUAUUAUCCAGCAGAGACUCGGUCGUGGGAGUUUUGGCACAGUCUAUCUUGUGAACGACACCAAAGCCAGAGAGGGCGAAAGCUUGAAGGUGCUGAAGGAGAUUCCUGUCGGUGACCUCAACCCCAAUGAGACAGUGCAGGCCAACCUGGAGGCUCAGCUCCUCUCUCAGCUCCACCACCCCGCCAUUUUGAAAUUCUUUUCCAGCUUCCUGGAGAGGGACACUUUCUGCAUAAUAACUGAGUACUGUGAGGACAGGGAUUUGGACUAUAAGAUCCAGGAGCUCAGAGAGGCAGGAAGAACACUUCCAGAGUCACAGAUCACAGAAUGGUUAAUUCAGUUAUUGUUGGGCGUCCACUACAUGCACCAGAGGCGAAUACUCCACAGGGAUCUAAAGGCUAAAAACAUUUUUCUUAAGAAGAACAUUAUUAAAAUAGGUGACUUUGGAGUGUCUUGUCUUCUCAUGGGGUCACGUGACUUAGCCACCACCUUUACCGGGACACCGUAUUACAUGAGUCCUGAGGCUCUCAGCCAUCAAGGAUACAACUCUAAAUCUGACAUCUGGUCCUUGGGUUGCAUCCUUUAUGAGAUGUGCUGCCUGGAGCAUGCCUUUAACGGACACAGUUUCCUUACUGUCGUCAUGAAGAUUGUGGAAGGGAGAACCCCAUCUCUCCCAGAUACAUACUCCAUGGAGCUCAAUUCAGUCAUGGAAAGUAUGCUGAAUAAGGACCCGGAGCAGAGACUGCCCGCAGGGGAGAUGCUGAAAAUGAAGUUCAUCGAGGAGAACAUGCAUAGCAUAAGACACAAAUUUUCCAGCUUGACGCUCAAAGACAAAACACUGAAGAGUGAGAGAGAUGCUGCAAAGAUCAGGAGAGCCCUGCAAAAUAAGGUUCACCUACAGACCUUGCGGGAUAAGUCAGAGGUCCAGAAGAUGACACCCAGAGAACGCAUGAGGCUGAGGAAGCUGCGGGCUGCAGAUGAGAAGGCCUGCAAACUGAAGCAGCUCGCUGAAGAGAAAUACGAGGAAAACCAUCGGCGGAUGCAAGAGCUACGAUGCCGGAACUUUCAGAAAGUCAGUUUGGAUGUCCUGAAUGAGAGCAUGGCUGGUGUAGCCAACAAGACCCAGCCAGUAACAGCGCAGGACUACCAGUCUCUGGGAUGUCCUCAGCCAAUAGACAAGCCACACCCGGAUAGGCUGUCAAUGUCUCAGCCUGGGGAGCAUGAGAUCCCAGAGGAUCCACUGACUGCUGAGGCAUACUAUUAUGAAGAUGGAUUUGAAUCCUGCUCGGAUGAAGAGGAAACACAAGACGAGGAAGACUUCGAGAACUCUUUGGACACUCUCCACAUAACAUGUGGGCAGGACUGUGACAUGGAAGCCAUGGUGAAGUACAUGGAGAAUGUUCUGGAAACUGAGUCCAGUGGCUCAGAAACAGUGACAGAGGUAGCCCAAGUGGGACCCCAGGGGCCGGGUAUCAUCAACUGCACAAUGGCUGAGACCAGACUGGAGCGUAUGCGGGAGUCAAUAAUGGACAGGCUGGGCGGAGAGGUGUUCUGGAAAGUGUAUGAGUACCUGAAGCAGGCGAGAGAGCAGCAGGAGAGCGAGGCUGACAUCAAAGAGUUCCUGACCAGGCUGGUGGAGAAGCCCAGUGACUGCUUUGAGGUGGACCAGCUGCUGUACUAUGAAGAACAGCUUCAGAAGAGUCGAGAGGGUCAGGAGUGACAAGCUCAGACACACACACACACACACACAUACACACACACACACACACACACACACACAGACACAGACACACACAUACACACACACAAACACACACACACAUGCAGCUUCAGAAGAGUCGAGAGGGUCAGGAGUGACAAGCUCAAACACACACACACACACACACACAUGCACAUAUCAGCAUGCAGGCAUGCACGCAUUUACACAUACAGCACGUAUGCAGGGCACGCAUCAUUUAGUUCCGAUCACACAUUGAAAACAUUCAAAGAUAACACAUUUAUAAAGAGCUCUCAAUGUUUAUAAAUGUUCACAUAUCUACAAAAUAUGUUCUGUUAACAAACAGGACGGAAAAGAAACCGACCUUGUGCUGGAAUGCAGCCAGUGAACGUCAUACUGUGAACCCCCCUCAUCCCUGUGCAAUGCGUGCAGUGGAAUUCCCAUUCCUGAAGCUUACAAAGCGCAUUUUGUAUGGAAAUGUCUUCUCAUGGCAAGCGCGGAUCACAGUUCUCGGCUUGUAUAUUCAGCAUAAUCAGCUUUUCUGUUGUUUACAAAGGCUAAUUCAGAUUACUUUGUAGAUGUACGCUCUGAUCAAGGGCACAGCUAGCAAAAUAUUAACGUGUAAUAAUAUUAUGAAUAAUCCUGAAGGAUGAUUAAUGCUUUGUGGCAUCUGCAUCAGGACCAGAGGUCAUUUUGUAUUAUCUGUAAUGCAUUGCAAUCAUGUAGCAGGGGUGUGGAAGAGAUGAUUAAAUAAAAAACCAGGGUCUAUUUUAAUUGCACAUAAUUACAUAUUUGUGUCAUUUCCAUUCUAUAUGCAGGAUAUGAAUGUGAUAUUUUCCUACCAACAAGCUUUUGUGUUAUUAACAUUCAUAAUCAAAAGUGCCUGUUUUUAUAUCAUUUAUUCAGAGACAAAGAGAGAAUGCUGAAUGACAAUAAAAGCUGUGACACGGGUUCUUAUAUGAUGAAAGUUUUAUUGCUUCCGGUA